AUGAGGGAUAACAAUGCGAUGGAAUGUGGGCUCCGGCCUUGCAUUCGUCAGUCCGUGUGGGAAGAACUGGAUGUGGAGCGCAGGGAAACCAGGCUUCGGGAGCAUGUCCAGUUCCCGCUGCUCUUGACGUUGGGCCUCGUCCUCCCGAGGGAGGUGGCAGCUCUUCACAUCCCCCAGGCUGGGGCUCCUGGCCUGGGAACUGCAGGGCGGAAGGCUGGGCACUGCCCCGCCUUGGAGGAGAACACAGUCCGGGUGGACAUGCGCAUCCUCAGGCAGAGCCAGGGCACCACCGUGCUCCAGGACUUCCAGAACCGCUCCACCUCCCCGUGGGAUUACAACGUCACCCGGGACCCUCACCGCUUCCCCUCGGAGAUCGCGGAGGCCCGGUGCAGACACGCGGGCUGUCUGGACGCCCAGGGGCGGGAGGACAGCUCCAUGAACGCCGUGGCCAUCCAGCAAGAGAUCCUGGUCCUCCGGAGGGAGCCCCAGGGCUGCGCGCACUCCUUCCGGCUGGAGAAGAUGCACGUGUCUGUGGGCUGCACGUGCGUCCGCCCCGUGGUUCACCAGGUGGUCUGA